AUGAAGGCCAAGCUCCUGAACUUUCAGACUCCCGACGCGGCGGACGAGCGCGGCGAGACGGCUGCGUGGAAGGCCAGUCGAGCCGGGAAUUUGGCCGUCCUUCAGACUCUGAGAGAGGCCUGUGCAGACUUUGAGAAGCCCGAUGACGAUGGCUUCACACCUCUUCACAUUGCUGUUGGAGCAAACCAAGUGGAGGCAGUGCGCUUAUUGGUCGACUGUGGGGCGGAUGUGAACGCCGUGUCCCGAGACGAGGUGGCGCCACUGCACACAGCCGCCCAAAACGGGCAGCAGGAGGCGUUUUUCUUCAUUGGGUCUGGGUUCAUCGUCGAUGACCCACGGACAAGGGAUCUUUUUGAACAGAUUCUCCCACCUUCGCAGUCAUUGGUUGCAGGUGUUGCGGUGCCUCAUUGGGGCUGCUGCCGACCUCAAUACCAGAGGCCACGCCUCACUUGCAUCCCGCCUUGCAUCCUACCAACAUCAGUGAAGCUGUGGGUGCAAUUUCAGCGCGACGCGACCCGCCUCGGCGUGUUGAGGGGAUGUGAGGUGCUUUAUGCUCCCCAGACACCUACGGCCCAAGGCCCGGCGGACUGGGAAGCAGAACCUGGUAACUGGUCAGGACCCCUCGGGGAGACGCCGCUCUUCAUUGCCGCGCAGCCAUGGAGCUGCAUUGAGAGCGCUGGCGCCCAGAAAGAUCGAGCAGCGAACGAUGGCUCAACACCUUUGCUCAUAGCAGCUGUGAACAAUCAGUGGCCCGUUUUCCGAUACCUGGUGGAGGAGGGCGUAGAUGUGCAACUGGCAGCAUUGGAUGGAACCACCCCUCUGUCGGUCGCGACCCAGAGUGGAUCCCUAGAAGACGUGCGUCUUCUGGUGAACGCGCGUGCAAACAUCGAGGGUGGCAUCUGUGGCGGGACUCUGCUAUCCAUGGCUGCGAAGCAUGGGCAGCUCGAAAUGGUUCGCUUCCUGGUAGAAGCUGGCGCUGACAAGGACAAGACGGGCAAACACGGCGCAACUCCCUUGUCCGUGGCUGCCAAGUAUGACCAGCUCAGCUCAGUUCAGUACCUCAUUGAGGCACGAGCCGACAAGGACAAGAUCGGUCUACACGGCGCCAGCCCGCUUCUCAUUGCCGCCAAGUAUGGCCAGGUGGACAUGGUCCGGUUCUUACUCGAUGCUCGCGCGAAGGACACAGCCGGGCCGAGUGGAAGCACUCCACUCCAAGUCGCAGUGCAAAGUGGUAUGGCGGACACGGUCUCGGUCUUGGUAGAGGCGUCAGUGGAGCUGGAUAGACGCUCGGCAGCCUGGGAAGCCUCAGCCACCGCUGGCAGUGCUGUUGCGCUGGAGUGUUUUGAUGGUUUGCAUGUAAGGGCCGGGACUGCAUGGUUCAGUGCUGCCCAAGAUGGGCACCUGAGGAUAGUGCGUUGUUUAGUCCAGGCCAAGGCCAACCUGAAUGCAGCGGCGGAGGAUGGAGCCACACCCCUUUUCAUUGCCGCCCAAAGUGGCCACUUGCAAACAGUUCGAUUCCUGGCCAACGCUGGUGCCGACCUGAAUAAGGUUGGACAGCACGGCGCAACAGCAUUGUUUAUCGCGGUGCUGAGUGGACAGCUUGAGAUGGUGGAGGUUUUAGUCGAGGUCCGGUGCAGCCUAGACUCGGCGGGCCAGGACGGUGCGACACCACUUUUCGUCGCCGCCCAAGCGGGACAUCUCGACAUGGUACGCUGCCUGUUGCAGGCAGGCGCGGACACCGAGCGACUGGCUGAAAACGGUCAGUCUGCUCUAGAUGCCGCUGCUGCCUCUUGCUUCCAUGACGUAGUCGAAAUCCUGCAAGCCUGCCCGGAAAACGUGUACGCCAACGCCGUGGUGCUGGCCAUGGGUACCGCCGACCUUCCCAUUCGGCUGGGCGUCCCAGGCGAAGACCUGCCCUGGGUCACCCAUCGUCCUCCGAUUCAUUCUCCUGCUCUCAUGGCGAAGCUUGGCCAUCUGUUGGUGGUGGGUGCCGGUCUCAGCGCAGCGGACGCCAUCCUCCACGCAUUGCGUCAAGGCCGGGUGCGGGUUACGCAUGUGUUCCGCGGCAAGGCAAAGGACACAAAGAUUGGGAAGAUGUUUGGCACUGCGACGGGGAGCCCCAUCUACGGCGAGGAGGAGUGGCUUGCGCAGCUCAUGGCUGGCGAAGCUAACGAUGAAAGAUACCUGCCCCUGGCAGAAUCGGAGCUCGUGGAGAUUGCAGAGUCGGGCUGCCGAGUGCGUGGGCCACAAGAGCUGAGUCUCUCGGUGAGUGUCGUGUCGUUGCUUCUGGGAGCUGCGCCCCGCCUCGACUGCCUCCCCACGUCGCUCCGCCCCGCGGCUCUGGCGCGCCCCCGGGUACACAUGGCGCACACCACAAGCACUGCACCCACGGGACUCAUGGCACGUUGGUUCGCAACUUUGCAGCUGGCCGACGCUGAGACGGGUGAGGUGCUCUCGCCCAACGUCUUCGCUAUUGGCCCUCUCAGAGGUGACAACUUUGUGCGUUUCCUGGUCGGCGACGCCUAUGCCGUGCGCCGGCAGGUUCUCGCGACAGCAGGAGAAAAGAGCUGCUUCGUUUUGUCAUGCCCAGGACUGUGCCAUCUUCGCUCACAUGUGGGAGCGUUGUGCAAAUGUGUGAACACUUCCUUUGAGGAUGCGCGUAUGCGCAAAGUCUGA